GUUCUAGCUGUGUUGCUACUAAACAUGGCUACCAACACAAGUUAAACCGUGUUGGAAUUGGUCGAUUUUUUUGUCUUUUUUUGGACCUGUUGACACAAAAAUGUCAGACUCUACGGAAAACAUAACCCUCCAGCAGCGAACGCAACUCCUAGUGGAGUUAAUAGAUUUUACCAAAAAAUGCAACGAGCAAAUACAAGGCAUGUACGACGCACUUGGAUGGACGCCGGACACAGACAGAGCGAAGGAGCCAAUGGAGGUGUGUCCCUACGACCCCGGCCAUCUCAUCCCCGUACGCAGCAUGGAGCGACACAAAGCAUCAUGUUGUCUCAGAAAGAUGGGCUACUCUUCAGAAGAGCAGGCCGCGAUGUGCGACUCUUCCGGGUGCUACGACAACACCAGCGUCCGAAGUUUUAUGAUGGACAAGAAUCUUCAAAACCAGGUGAUCAUACAGGCCAAAUCAGCUGCGCCGCUCAUGAAGAUGGAGGGUGUCUUCUGGAAAGGCCAGUAUUCCCAGCACCCGGUGGACGUGCCACAGAACCACAAGCGAGCCGUGUGCGACCUCACCGCGGCCGACCGGUUGGCGCUUUACGAUCACGUGAUCGGCGUCCUCAACCGAGAGAAGGCCGACGGCGCCUCUGGCAACGACGAGCUUUACGUCGAUUUGGUUUCAAAGCUGAAGAAAGCUGAGCAACAAAAUGAGCCGAAGACUCAUCUGGAGCUGAUGGCGGAAAUGCGGGAUUACAAGAGGAGGCGGCAGUCUUACCGCGCUAAGAAUGUUCACAUCACCAAGAAGUCCUACACGGAGAUUAUCCGAGAAGUCAUCCAGGUGCACUCAGAGGAGCUAAGCAGACAGUGGAAGGAGCAACACCAAGAGGAUGAGGACGAGAAAGAAAAGGAAGAGGCCAGAGAAGGAACAUCUCAAAGGCGUCAUCCGGACGAGCGUCGCUCCGCGUCUUCGGAGUCCCGUCGGUCGCGGCGCCGCCGCAGCCGUGAGAAGAGUCGCGACAGAGAACGCAAGAAGAAAAAACGCAAAAGGGAUUCCCGCUCUCCGGAGGACAAACACCGCAAUGGCAAAAAGAAAAAGAAAAAGAAAGAAGAGCGGGAGAGAAGUGACAGUUCCUGACUUGAUUCAUUGCGUCAAUAAAGUUUGAACACGCAACAUGUCGUGUUUUUGAAGUGGAAUUGUUUCCAACAUUUUGUUGUUGUUGAAUAUUUGAAUGUUAAUAAAAUUUCAAACAAAGCAGAAAUCCGUGUAUAAACAUUUAUUGAUGGUGAAUUGCUACCUCCUGCAGGUGAAAGCGGGAACUACGCACUCUUCUUGGUUGGCUACCAGUUUUUCCAGUAAAAGCCAGGGAAUGUUGGACAAGAGUGUCACACCAGUGGAGGUUCAAAGGUUCAACAAUGAGGAAGUACAAAAUCUCAGGAUUAAUUGAAAUGAGCUCCUAUUAAUUGCUCUGCCGAAGCCCAACUCUACCUCAGGUAUUUCUCACCCUGUUGAGAAGAAACCGAACCCGAGCGCUCCUGCAAAAAAGACAGAAUCUCCAGCGUCCAGUCCAGGAGGGCGACCGUCCCAGGGGAAUCAUGCAGUGAGGACCAGUGACUGCUUUU